ACAUAUGAGGGAGGGAGAAAUGAAAGAGAAGAGCGCCAUGGACAAGGAAAGGCUACUCUACCAAAAGGGGACACAUAUGAAGGCCUGUAUGAAAAUGGAAAACGCCAUGGAGCUGGUGUUUACAGGUGAGUUUGGUCUACCUUUUGAGAUUCGCAGUACUGCCACAGAACUUCACUUCAUUCUCUUCCAUCUAUCCCUGGGGUGCUACUGUUCAUGUAGGACUUUGGCCUGCCUCACCAUUUCCUUCCACUCAGACCUAACUGAUGCUUUUCUUUUCCAUGCUCAGACUCCCAGCUGCUGUAGAACCCUCUCCACAUCAUCCCCCCAUCGAAGCCUAGGUUCUGGCCUUCAUUCACUUCCCUGCAGUUUAAAAUUCAUCUUAUCUUAUUUCCUUAAAAUCUAUUUUAAAAUAAAAAAGCUUCCAUUCUCAUUGCAAAAUGAUAAGAAAUCAUAAAUCAAACAUAAUUUAUACCGCCAUCAUCAUCAUGCAGUCCCAUAAGGAAAUUUUAGAACUUGUAUAAAUGGAACAUACACUUGCUGUGACAUAAACAGGGUUAACAUCACAAAUGUAGUGGACCAGACCUGUGCAGCUAUAAAACUAUGAGUAUAUCAGAUUUUUAUUAAAUUUUCAUCUUGGAAACUGAAAAAUACAUUUAUACUAGGCCAAGCUUGCAUGCCCAUAGUUAGUGGUAUACAGGGUGUAAUCCAGUUUAGUGGUGCACAAGACACAAUUCAGUUUUCUCCAACUUGAUUUAACACUGUGUAUAUGUAACUCUUUUAAAGCUCUACUAUUUCCCCCUUUUAAUCAGUAUGAAAAACUAGCUAUUUUCCUCAAAAGGCCCUUAUUUUGACUUGGAAUAGUACUACAAGGUAUGUUGAAACUUGAAUCAAAAGAUAGGAAAAUAAGAUGUCUACUAUUACAUUCACAUGGCUUGAACACAGUCCUUCAUUUAUUAGUUUGACUUUCAGUUUCAGCCCUGGACAGAACAAUGGUUUCUUCUUAAAGCGAAAUUUACUUUGAUUUCAGUCAAAAAGCUUCUUAAAAACUUAAAUUACAUAAUUUAAAUUUUUGAUACUUCACCAUCAAUAAUUUUCAUUUUGGAAAUGAUCAUUUAAAUUAAAUUAAAAUAACUUUUAUGUUGUUGCCAAUGAUUUUUUACCUAUUUUAUUUUUUCAAUCAGAUUUAAAAAUGGUGCCAGAUACCUUGGGGAUUACAUUAACAACAAGAAGCAUGGCCAGGGUACAUUCAUCUAUCCUGAUGGAUCCAAGUAUGAAGGUAGGUUUAUUCAAAACUAGUGGCAUAUCCAGUUAGAAGUUUUAGCAAUAAUUUUUUCAAAAAUUUGAUGCAUUAAAAUUCAGAAGAGAGUAAUAGAUGAUCCAACAGUCACAUAAUGUUUGCUGGUUAGUUUUUUAGACAUUUUUUUUAAAAUCUCAUAAACUUGGUGUACAAAUAUUUUAAAUAUUAAUAGCAUAAUCACAUAACUUAUCAUUAAGUCCAUUUAUUUUACAAAAAUUAACAGGACAUGAUUCUUGUAAAAAGUAACAGUUUGAAAAAAGGGACAUAGCUUGUGUAAAUCCAUUUAUUAAAAAAUCUGAAAACACUUUCAAAGAUAGGCCAAUUUUUAAAUUAUUUUUAUGGAUCUUAUUAGUGAAAAUGAUCCUACUCAAAUUUUAAUAUUUCAAUCCUCUCUACACUAAAUGUUUUUGAAAAUUAAGUUUAAAAAAAUAUUUUUUAGCACAAACAUUUUGAAUAAUCUACAACAAAGCUUCACCUUUAUAUUUAAAGAAAAAUAACAUGUUUAAGUUUAAUGACUUUCUGGGUUCCAUAAACUUGCUCCACUCCCUAUAACAAAAUAUCUUUGGAAUCCCAUUAUCUAUACUCUAUGGUAAUAUUGAUUCAAUGUUGUUACAUUUUUGGUUUAAAGGAAGUUGGGUUGAGGACCAGAGGUGUGGUUUUGGGAAAUAUUACUAUGUGAACGGUGACACCUAUGAAGGGGAGUGGCAGAAUCAUGUGCGCCAUGGACGAGGAACAUAUGUUUAUGCUGCCACCGGAUCUAAGUAUUGUGGACUCUGGAACAAUGGAAAGUGGGAAGGGCAAGGAGAAUUGGUUCAUGCUAAUCACAAGUAUGUCGGCCUCUUCAAAGAAAACAGAGUAAGUUUUUAAAGAACUGUUUGCUUUUUUAAGCUACAUAAUUAAAUGAACAUAAUAUUUAUUUCUGUAAUUAUGCUAUAAUAAUAUUUUUAUUAAAUCCUUUAUAUUAACUUUGCUUUUGUUUGUGGUUGACUGGCUGGCAAAAUCUUUGGACGGCCAAUAAAUCCACUUCCAAUCAACCUUUCGAGCGGCAACUUGGCACUUAGACUUGUUGCCUAUGACAACACAUUCUUUCAAAUUUUCAGCCCCACCCCUAAACCCUAACCCCCAAAAAUUAGUCUGGUGUGUAAUAUUUUCUUUUUUUUUUCUGAAAUAGUUGUUGAAAUAAUUCUGCUGUGUAAAAGUGGGUGGGUAUUUAGAAUAUUAAAAUAGUUCUGGGGCAUGAAAGAAUGUGCAGUUGUGAGGCUUGGGAGCGGGAGCACUAAUUGUGAUUCUUAAAAAGUGCAUUACUUGUAUGCAUGUUUUGUCAAAUUUUCAGGCCCCCCACCCCCCAAUUGCUCAAUAUUACAUAUUAUAAAGGAUUUAUAUGAAAAGCUUUGUUUUUAAGAGGUUUUAAUUUCAUUGAAUAAAAUCUGUACUGAUUGAUGAUAUAAAGGCAAAUAAAAAUUAUCAUGUCUCACCACUAUUUUAUUCACUUCAUUGGCAAGCACGGAUUGACUACAAACUCUCUGUUCUGUAUCACAACUUUUUCUCGAAUUCCGGCCCUUCCUAUCUUACCAAACUUCUUUCUGUCUAUUCACCCCUUUGACAGCUUCGCUCCUCCGCAGAUGUGUGUAUUCUUUCUGUCCCCAAGACUUGCACAAAAACAUAUGGUGAACGAUCCUUCUCUUUCUGUGCCCCUAAACAAUGGAAUUCUCUUCCAUUACACUGCCGCUACAUACCGUCCAUCAUAGCCUUCAAAACUGCACUCAAAACACAUCUUUUUAAACUCUACUAUCCUGACUGAUUCCCCCUCUGACUGAUAAACGAUGCUGCUGGGUGUCGUCCAUGGCUUGACAUGUAAAUAGUUUUAAAUAUAUUUCUUUUUUUAUUUAGUUAAUGUAUGUUAAUUAAUUUUUUAAGUUCAUGAUUGUUAAAUUGUAUGUACAGCGUGGUGAGUCCAGCCCUAGGCUGGGGUACCACGCUAUAUAAAACCACUAAUAAUAAUAAUAACCAUAGUCAUAUAUCUAAAUGUUAUGUGGUGAAAAUAAAUUUUAUCAGUGUAUCUAAAGGAUUGCUCAGUAAGUGUUCAGUAGGUUAAUUAGUACACUUAUUAUGUCUGCACCAAUCCAUAACAUUCCACUUCAGCUUCUCUUUUACUUUAACAGCCGGAAGGACGUGGCAAGUAUGUGUUUGAUAUUGGAUGUGAGCAGCAUGGACAGUACAUCAUUGUACCUCAGGAAAAGGAUGACAAGGCUGAUGAUGAUGAACCGACUGCUCCCAUCACAACAAAGUGGCAGGCAGGUGUAACCACUGCACUUCACGUGAAAACACCAGAAGAAGAAGAAGAGGAGAGAAUGUUGGCU